AGCUGUUUGUAUAUAUUUCUCAACAAAAAUCAGAACUUUCUUUUUUUCCUGUUAAGUAAAAUUAUUAUUGAUUGUUAUGGGUUAAUAGAAUGAAUUUGAAUUGAAUUUAAUGUUUUUAAUAACAUAAUAAUUUCGAAAUCCAUUGGGAUACUAUUAAAUUAUGUACAAACAUUAAAAUUUCUGUGUUAAUAUUUUGUGAUGAAUGUGAAUCCACUUAAACCUAAAUCUGCAGUGGACAGAGUCGCCUAAAUGUCUGUCGUCAUGACAACCACAUCUCGAGGCAGAAGUCGAUGGCUUAUAUUUUUCUACAAAUAAUAUAAAUUAUAGUAAGUAUUGAUAUUUGCGAAAUGGGCGAAGAAAUUCAAACAAGUGAUAGCGAUUUAGUAUUCGAGUCAAUAGAAAAUGAAUCCGAAAUAAAAUGUCAAUUUUUAAAAUGUAAUCUCAAAGAAAACGGGACUUCUAGUGCCGAAAGUGCGGAAUCGAAUGAAACUCAAGUUAUUAAGGAUGUUUCCUAUUGUGAUAAUGAAUAUGCUCAGUCUAAAGUUUCAGACUGUGUUGAUGAAAACAUACAGGAAAUACAACUGGCAAAUAAUAUUUUUGCUAAGCAAAAUGAAGAAGGUAAUUGGCUUUUAAGAUGGGACAUUCAAAGAAGAAGUGAAAAAGAUUUUAUAGCGCUUUGUUAUGAAGAUUCUAAUAGUGUCGAGGAGUGUCUCGUUAGGCAAGAAAUUAGGGGUCAAGAACAAAGUACGAUGUGGCUUUUGGAUAUACCUCAAACACAUAAUGACUGCGAAAAAUUAUUAUGUUUUCGUUACUACGACGGAACGUCUUUGGAUUAUAUAGCUCAAUCGGAUCCUUUAAUAAUCAAACAUCCCGUAAAUAAAAUUAAAAAAUUCAUCAAAAUCAAAAAACAGAAGUGUAAUGGUAUAGAAAACGAUGCGUUUCAAGAUGAAAACGAUAUUAUUCAAUCCCCUCAGUUGAAACCUUCAAAUUCGUUGGAAAAUUUGGAUAGUUCGGAACAAAUAAUAUCAGGAGCAAAGAAAAAAUCACCAAACGGCUUGCACAUGAAUACGUUGGGAGGAACCAAGAAAAAAAUUCGAUCGAAAAAUAGUCCAAAAUCGCCGAAAUCUCCUAGUAAGGAUUAUUAUCAGAUUUGGGACGCUUCGUCUUCACCGUCACCCGAAUCGGAAGAUAACGCUUGUGGUUUGGACUUUCCAACUGAACCUAUAGCUCCUCCAUUGCCUCCAAGAACUCUCCACAAGCGUCUAGAAAGGUGUCACGCUUUGGGUACCCCGUUUACACCUCCUGUUGUUUUAAGGCAACAUAAACCUAAGAAAAUUCAGAUGUUAGAAGAUACUUUCGGAUUUGAAUUGAUCGAUACCGAUGAGGAACAUAAAUCAGUUGGUACGACUUCCACCUUCGAAGUAGAUAUAGUAUCCAAUGCCAACCUCAAAGUAAAAGCAGGCUUAAUAGAAAACGGCACAAAACUUAUCGGCUGUGAUAAUUACAUUAGUACAGUGUUAAGCAAAAACCGAGAUAUUGAAUCUAGUCCACCCAAUACUCAUUUACCUAUAGAAAAGAAAGAUAGUCAAAGUUCAGUUUCAACUCAAAGUAGCGGAUCUACAUCUGGAUCUAACGGAUCUACAUGCUUAAAUGGAUCAAUAGAGGCUGUAGAAGGAAAUGCUAAUACUGAAUUGGUUAAUAAACCUCACAAACCAUUAUCUAGAUUAUUGCAGGAAGUUGAAGCAGGACAUGAUGAAGUGUUCCAUACACCAUUACAUAGACCAAGAACUGAAUGUAAAGAAUUAAUAAGACCUCAACUAAAAGCGUUCCAAAGGGUGGCCCAUACAGUUCCCUGCAGUACAGAUCCAUUAGUCUGCCCACCAACGCCUACGCAUCAUGCAAAAAAAUUAAGAGCUCCAGAACUCCGACCUCCUAAUCUCAAAUCUACCGAUUCACCUGAUGAUGUAAAUGGCGAUACAGAUUGUAGAGAUAAUACAGCAGGUGAUGAUCCUGAUAUGGAAACUUUAAUGAUAAGAUUGAAACCUAUUAUGGGUUUAGACAGAGAAGAAACUAGGGAAGCCAAUGGUGAAGCUAGUGGUGGAAUGCCUUUACCUUUGCAGAGAAUAAAUACCACAAGGCUACCUUCAAUUCCAGAAAGAACUCACAGAGCUCUCAUUUUAACAAAAAUGGAAGGGGAUGAAGAACCUUUACCACCCUCAUGGGAAGCACGAAUGGACAGUCACGGUCGAGUAUUUUACAUCGAUCAUGCUACCCGUACAACUUCUUGGACCCGUCCUGGAGGGAGUACUAGUUCAAUUCCACCAGCAGCCGCAGAACAACAUCGAAGACAACUAGAUAGGAGAUAUCAAAGUAUAAGAAGAACAAUAAGCUCUAAUAGAUUAGAUACCGGAGAUAUUUUAACUACAGCUCCUCCUGGUUGUCGCUUGUUAACAAGACCGGAUUUUUUUACUGUUUUACACAUGAAUCAGGAGGCGCUGGCUCUCUAUAACAGGAACCCAACAUUGAGACAUAUGAUAGUGAAAAUAAGAAGAGAUCCCAAUGUUUUUGAAAAAUAUCAGCACAAUAAAGAAUUGGUCAGUCUAGUCAAUUUAUUUGCUGAUUCCAAUCAGGAUCUUCCGAACGGUUGGGAUACAAGGAAGGAUAGGAACGCCAAGCAAUUUUUUAUUGAUCAUACUAACAAGAAAACUACUUACAUCGAUCCUAGAUUACCUUUUGACUUGUUGGCGCCCAGAAGAAUGGUCGAUGAUCAUGCUCCUGCUCCUCCUCCUCGUCCGACAGCAUCAACAACUGUUACUAAUAAUAUUCCAGAAGUUCCAGUGGCAUACAACGAUAAGGUAGUUGCCUUUCUCAGACAACCAAACAUCUUUGAUAUCCUUAGAGAACGACAUCCACCCGUUGGAAAUUCUUCUUCUCUUAGAGACAAGGUUAAUGCAGUUAGAGUGGAUGGUACCAGUGCUUUGGACAGAUUCAGUCAUGAUAUUCACCUGACGAUAUUGCUGAGCCUCUUUGAACAGGAGAUAAUGUCGUAUGUCCCGGCGAUGACUGUAGAAAAUCGCACCAGUUCGUCUACUAGAAGUCCCAGGGGAUCACCGCAACCGUCUCCUAUAGCGUCUCCGGGACUUAGUAGACACAGGGUUACAGCUCCUCAUAAGAGAGACUUCGAAGCUAAACUUCGGAAUUUUUAUAGAAAAUUGGAAAGCAAAGGAUAUGGGCAAGGUCCUGGAAAAUUUAAGCUACACAUUAGAAGGGAUCAUCUUCUUGAAGACGCCUUCAGGAGAAUAAUGUCUGCCAAUAAAAAAGAACUGCAAAAAGGAAAACUUUGCGUAGUAUGGGACAACGAAGAAGGACUCGACUAUGGAGGACCUUCUCGAGAAUUCUUCUUUCUACUUUCUAGGGAACUCUUCAAUCCCUACUAUGGUCUUUUUGAAUAUUCCGCCAACGACACUUAUACUGUUCAAAUAUCACCAAUGUCUGCGUUUGUUGAUAAUUACCACGAUUGGUUUAGAUUUAGUGGUCGUGUUUUGGGUCUAGCUCUGGUUCAUCAAUAUCUCUUAGACGCUUUUUUCACUCGCCCGUUUUAUAAAGCUUUAUUGCGAUUACCCGUAGCUUUAUCUGAUUUAGAGAGUCUCGAUUUUGAGUUUCACCAAAGUCUUCAAUGGAUAAAAGAACACGACGUAUCGAUGCAAGGAGAACUGGAACUUACUUUUGCCGUAACUGAAGAAGUAUUCGGGCAAGUUCUGGAAAGGGAAUUGAAACCUGGUGGAAGAAAUGUACCUGUUACUGAGAAAAACAAAAAAGAAUACUUAGAAAGAAUAGUUCGAUGGCGAUUAGAACGUGGUGUUUCUGAACAAACCGAGUCUCUAGUGCGAGGCUUUUAUGAAGUUGUAGAUCCUAGAUUAGUCAGUGUAUUCGAUGCUAGGGAACUAGAAUUAGUGAUUGCUGGAACAGCUGAAAUCGAUUUAAUGGAUUGGAGGCACAACACGGAGUAUCGUGGCGGAUAUCACGAUCAACAUCCUGUUGUUAUAUGGUUUUGGCAAGCCAUAGAAAGGUUCACUAAUGAACAAAGACUUCGGCUUCUUCAGUUUGUAACGGGUACGUCGAGCAUCCCCUUUGAAGGUUUCUCAGCGCUAAGAGGAUCAAUAGGUCCUCGAAAAUUCUGUAUAGAAAAAUGGGGUAAACCAAACAGUCUUCCAAGAGCACAUACAUGCUUUAAUAGAUUAGAUUUACCUCCGUAUCCAACUUCUGAAGUGCUAUAUGAAAAAUUGUUGCUAGCUGUAGAAGAGACUAAUACUUUUGGAAUAGAAUGAAGAGGCAUUGUGUGUUUAAGCAGUACUAGAGUAAUUAUUGGUCGAAAUGUUACUUGCAUUACUUUUAGAACAUGUUUAAAAUACUUCUUCAUCUACAAAUACAUAGUGAUUAUAUGAAAUUUGAUUUAUUCACUAUCGCAACACUAAUAUUCACAAUUACACUCUCUGAUGUUCAUCUGAAGACAAUGAGCUAGUUAUCGAAACGUAAAUCAGACAAUGUAAUUAUGAGUCAGUAAUCUGAAGGAUUCUAAUUUGUUUUCCUCUAAAAAUGAUUACCUUGUAUUUUCAAAAUUGUAAAAAGUAUUUUAUUUCAUUGAUAAAGUGUUGUAAGUGUAACAGUCGGUUAGUACCUUAAGUGCGAUUUUUUUAUUUCAUUGGAAAUAUGCUUUGGGAUAUAAUAAAUAUUUCCGAAUGAGUUAAUAUUUAAGUUAUUUGGAAAAUUUUGGUUCCUGCGCUUUUAGAGCCAGUAAUAAGUUAUCAACAUAGUUACGUCUAGUAAAAAUUGAUAUAAAUAAAACCUCAAAUCAUUGAUACCGAUUUGUCAAUUUAAAAUUAUCAAAAGACGUAACGUUGUUUGAUUCAAAUUUAUUUAAAGGAAGAAUUACUUACCAAAUAAUAAUUUUAAAUAUGUUUUGUACAUAGCUAAUUAUUGUGUAUAGCUAUAAUUUAUUUCGUUUCUACAAUUUUUUUAAUGUUAGAUAUUCAGUCAUAAUUUAUUAACAAAUGUCAGAUCUUUGGAAAGUGAAAUUAUUGUAACAGUCUACCUCACAAUGGAUUGAUACAUUUCUUCUUCUGUCUUCCAUAAUAUGUCAAACGCCUGUUCCUUCUUCGAUAUCUUUACUCAUCCUGGCUCUAGAUUGUCUUUCGUGGUCUACCUACCUCUACUUUGUGCUCCAAUUAGAGAUUAAUAAGCAUAGAUAGAAAAAGAGGAGGUCCAGUCCUUUUUAACCACUUUUGAAUUUUCAAUUAGAGGCGCUUACGAACACGUAAAUUUUUAAAAUGUUAUAGUUGUCUCUGCGAAUUGCUACUAACUUGUUUUGACGCGAUGGUAAAUCGAAUUCAUUUAGUCUUUUUCAUAUAAAUUCUGAUAAAUUAUGUUGAUAUAGUAUAUCGAAAGUUUUUUUAAAUCAAUUUGUUCAGCUGCUUAUACAAUAUAUUCAUCAACAUCACUAACGCUAAAACCUUACAAGGGGGCCUCUGCUUUUUCUAGCCUCGAACACCAUCCUUUCCGGUCUCUUGCAAGGACCAUUAAGUUUGUUGCACGAAUUUUUGUAACAUCUUCAUAGACUCCGUCUGUCUCUAUUGCCUAUUAGUACGGCUUUUUUGUGGGCAUGUUGUUGUCGAUGCGUGCUACAUGUACUGCCCAUCUAAGCCUACCAAUCUUAUUAUUAUUAUGUCUCUGCUUCCUGAUCCUCUGUAUAAGUUGUAGAUGUCAAAGUUAUAUCUACGAUAUUUUCUUGGACAACCCCGUAAAUUUUUCUCGGUAUCUUUCCCUCGAAGGUUGAUAGUUACGUCUCAUCCAUUUUUGUUACCAAGCUAAGGAAUAAAGAAAUGUUAAAUGAUUUAGGAUACAAUCAAUUCAAAAAUUUGUUGGCAUAAUUUUAAUUUCAAUAAACAGUAGUCUAAGGAAAAAUAUUGGAAUAUUAUGGGAUCCCAACUCUUUUCCUUAACACUUCACAUAAGAACUUGUUUCAUGUUUUCAUUUUAAAUUAUUUAACUAUUUUGAUUGAUUUUUUGACUCAGAUUAUUCUAGUUGUGUUCAAUGAUAAAUGUGGUAAAAAUUAGCUAACAACUACUUGCGUUUUCUCACAUACUCUUCUUGCUAAUGUCUUGCGGAUAUCCGUGCUAAUUUCUUAUAUGUUACCAUGAUAAUAUCAGCUUUCUAUUUUACCUACUAACCCGUUGUGAUGUAGAAGCAAGGAAUUGAAAUUUUGUGAAUUCACAUUCUCAGUUUUGGUUGGAAUUAUGUUAAAAUUUUAACAUAAUUCGAAUUUGUUCAUAGUAAGGUAUACUGAACAAUAAGGUAUUCGCUUUAAUGUUUUUUUUUGUGGAAAUAUGAUUUGAAAUUGAACAGAUACUAUUUAAAUAUGUUGCGUUAACUAUAUAUUAAUAUUAAGAAUUAACGGAAGUAGUAUUGCUAUUAUAUAAUAUAAUAUUUCCAUGAAAAAAUUUAUCAGCAUUUAAUUGAUGUGUGUUUUUGGGUCUAUGUCAAAUCGUCCGAAAAGAAAGUAAUAUUUUUUAUAUUUUGAGAUUUUGAUAUUUGUUAUAAUUAUUUAUUAUUUUAUAGUUUUUAUUCAGUUACCAAUGAUUAUUUCUUAGGUGAAAUUUUAGAUUGUUCAUUUCUAAUAAUGUUGUGAUUUGUUAAAUUCUAGUCAGUAAAUAUAUAUAUACACAUAUAUAUAUAUAUA